AUGGCAUCAAAUCGCCGGAUUCAUUGUAAUCAAGAAAUGCGCCCACUUCAGAUCUUAUAUCCGGGUUACCCAGCAAGUUCUUUCAGCUUUGUUCAACAAGGGCGGCAAAAAUGUUGCUGGAGCAAGAUGUUAAAAUGUAAACAAAUAUUCAUCAGGAGAAGAACGUGUGGAGUCUGUCGGUUGUUUAGCCAAGUGGAAGUUCCAAUGGGCACAAAUACGGGCACCGAUGCGGUUAUUCCAGGUAUUUCAGACGCUGGAGAGCUAGACAACGGGGGAAAGAAAGGGUGGAAAUCGGGUGUGGAAGACCCUGAUAAAAAUGAGCAGCAGGCCAGGGAUGAAGAGCAGAGAAGAAUUGAGGGUAUUGAUGGAGCUGGAGACAAGGAAGCAGUGUACAAGAACUUGAUUUUCCACGGUGUACCGAAUUGCACAGUAAGCGAUACGGAGGGGCACCAAGUGGAGCAAGAAGAGGAGGAUGCUCAAAAUGAGCAACAUGAGGCGGAAUCCUACCCAGAGCAGGAACUUAAACAGGACGUUCGGCAGUCACGUACCAAGUCUUUCAUACAGGACCAGCAGUUCGAAGUAUGGCGCAAGGAGUUCAAGGAAGCCUUUCGGAAGGUCGCCACGUUUUCGCGGUUUAAGUCACCGUGGAAGCAGCAGCAUCAGCAGCCGCAAUCGCAGCCUCAGAAUCCUCAGCACUUACUAAAUGAGAAGGAUUUGUACACUCAAAAAUUGGCCUCCGAUCUUAUCGAUUCUCUUUUGGCGGGAUGCCCAGCUGCAUUGUUCCCAAGUUGCCAAUUUCUAAGAGACGAGCAUGGCCAAAAGAGGGCACCUAUGCUAUUGGCAAUGCUUGGAGUCCGGGUUGAGCCGUAUACGCCUCGCGAAUCCAGUUCUGAUAAAACUGGCCCCAGAUCUAGAGGUAAUAAUGAUACAGAUGAUGAUACGAGUUCCAUAUUUUCUCAAGCUUUUGAACCAUCGAGGAAUGAAGAGCACACUAAAAAAUUGUUCAAAUUACAAUUGGAGUACGGAAUUGGUGAAAAUAGAUUGAAAUGGCACGUCAUAAAGAGUUAUAAGGACUUGAACAAUUUACACAAUAAAUUAAAACUUGUCUCGUUCCAGCAAAACACUUUGAACAAAAUUUACAUCGACCACUACAGAUUCAAUAAAAUGCAUAUACCGCAUUUUCCACGUUUAGGUGAUCGCGAAAGAAAUUUAAUGAACUCUUCUGUUGGAAAUGGAAGGCAGGAUCAUCAAAAUUCGAGCCAAGAAGAGAGAAACCCAUUAUCAGCAUCUUCUUUGUCACCGACAUCUUCAAGAUCUUCUUUGAGUUCUAUGAGAUCGUCUUUAAAUUUUGCAAUUGACAAAUUCAAAGUUAAGCAUCUGCAGGAUCUCAUUGAAGAGGAGGAUGACUACAACCAGCCAAUGUAUCUGCGACUAGAGAGAUACCUAAGACUGUUAAAUAUAGCACUUUCUGUUAGACCUCAGGCAAAUAGAUUAUUCCAAUUCUAUGAGUUAUCACCAAUCGGAAACUUACUAAGUUAUGAAGUCGGUCUUCAAGGAAAACAAGGCCAACUAAUUAUUAGAUCAACUGCAAAGAGUCAAGGCUGGAGAGUUUCCCAUUUUAGCUUCAAUGAUCUCAGGGAAAUGAUUGAAAGACACACAACAAAGUGGUUUCUCGUCAGACAUUCUUAUAUCCUUUAUGUGUCAGAUCUUUGCUCUACAACACCGUUGGAUGUUUUUUUGGUUGAUUCUCAGUUUCAUAUCAAAUGGUCGGGCAAUAAAAAACAAGACUAUAAUGUUAAUAUAAAUGAUACAGACUUAAAUCAAGAUAACAAAAGAAAAAUCUCGACCAAAUUAUUGAUCACUUUAAGUAAUAGCGAGAGGAAAUUACAAGUUAUUUGUAAAUCAGAAGCUUCAUUGAAGCAAUGGGUUUCGUCAAUUUCACACAUGGUUAAAAAUACUAUCUGGUCUAAACCUCAUAGAUUUGAUAGUUUUGCUCCAGUUAGAAAAAAUGCUUUUUGUAAAUUUCUAGUUGAUGGUAGAGAUUAUUUUUGGGCUUUGAGCGAGGCUUUACUAAUGGCGGAAGACGUUAUAUAUAUUCAUGAUUGGUGGUUGUCACCAGAACUGUACAUGCGUCGACCAGUAAAUGGUAAUCAAGAGUUUAGAAUUGAUAGGAUCCUGAAAAGGAAAGCCGAAAAGGGUAUUAAAGUUUUUAUUGUAGUUUACAGAAAUGUUGGUACAACUGUCGGAACCGAUAGUUCUUGGACAAAGCACUCAAUGUUAAAUUUACACCCCAAUAUUCAUCUAAUAAGAUCCCCAAACCAAUGGUUACAGAACACAUACUUUUGGGCACAUCAUGAAAAAAUGACGGUUAUAGACAAUACUAUUGCAUUUAUGGGUGGUAUAGAUUUAUGUUAUGGGCGUUAUGAUACCCCCGAACAUAGCUUAUGUGAUGAUCAUGCAAAUCUAAAGGAUCAAAUAUUUCCUGGAAAAGAUUAUUCUAACGCUCGUAUAUGUGACUUUUUUGAUCUAGAUAAACCCUUUGAAUCCAUGUAUGAUAGAAGCAAAAUUCCGAGAAUGCCAUGGCAUGACGUUCAUACGAUGACAAUAGGUGAAGCAGCAAGAGAUAUGGCGAGACAUUUCGUUCAAAGAUGGAAUUAUCUUUUGAGACAGAAAAGACCAAGUAGACCAACCCCUUUGCUGACCCCACCGAGUGAUUUCACCAGAGAUGAAAUAGAAAAUUCAUCAUUUUUCAAGAUGCUCAAACCUAGAUCAACAUGUGAAGUUCAAGUUCUUAGAAGUGCGGGCAAUUGGUCAUUGGGCCUGAAAGAAACGGAAAAAUCCAUUCAAAAUGCAUAUCUGAAAUUGAUAGAAACAAGUGAGCACUAUAUUUAUAUUGAAAAUCAGUUUUUUAUAACAGCCUCUCAAUGGGAUGGUGUUGUUAUCGAGAAUAAAGUUGGUGAUGCAAUAGUUGAUAGGAUUAUUAGAGCGAAUAGUGAGGGCAAAGUUUGGAAGGCAUUCAUUUUAAUUCCAUUGAUGCCAGGUUUUGAUUCACCGAUUGACCAACCUGAAGCUUCGAGUGUUCGUGUCAUAAUGCAAUGUCAAUAUCAAAGUAUUUCUCGAGGAGAAACUUCCAUAUUUUCGAAAUUGAAAAAGUUGAACAUAGAUCCAAUGCAAUAUAUUCAAUUUUACUCCCUGAGAAAGUGGUCUACAAUCGGUCCUAAUAAGAAAUUGGUAACAGAGCAGCUGUACGUUCAUGGUAAAGUUUUAAUCGUGGAUGAUAGAAGUUGUAUUAUAGGGAGUGCUAAUAUCAAUGAAAGGUCUCAGCUGGGCUGUAGGGAUAGUGAGGUUGCAAUGCUCAUUAGGGAUACAGACCUUGUAAAAUCAAAAAUGGACGAUGGGGUCUACUAUGCUGGAAGAUUCGCAUUGGAGUUACGAAAAAGAUUAAUGCGGGAGCAUUUAGGCUGUAAUGUAGAUUUGGUCGAAGUAGUGGAGAGAAAGUUCGGCCGUUUGGAAACGAUUGCUAGGAAUAACUAUAAAGAACUACAUUUGCUUGCUGAAGACUCGACAAAAAAUGAUAAGCUUGAUUCUGCCAUGCUGGAGUUGGCUUACCGUGAAAUAUUUGACGUUGAUUACAGUGAUCCGUGGAAAUCUAAAUAUUCUUCUUUACCUAAUGUCAAUUCAUAUGGAAUAUCUCAUCCAUUCUCUAAACCUUCCAAUGAAGAAUGUUUCAAGAACGAUUUUGAUGAUUUGCAGAGGAUCGAAAGUGAUAAUAAGAAAACAGCUCUGCCAGAUAGGCGAACGAAAACGAAAGCAAAUCAGAAUUUGUCAUGUGAUGGUUUAUUAAAUUAUCAUACCUUCAAUUAUAGAGCUGGCGAGGAAAACAUAGGAAUUAGGGAUAACAAACCAAUAAGUACGGAUCCGAGAUUAACAAACAAUAAAAAGCAUCAAGAAGAUGUAGAUGGUUUCGGUCUUGACGGUUGGAAGCAUGUAACAAAACACUUCAAGAAAAAUGUGACAGAGCAGCUUAGAGCGUGGGCCACUGCUGCUUUAGGUAAAAAUAAAAAUUCGAAGGGCUCCCUUGAUUUCUUACCUGAGAAGAAUGACAUCGAACAAUAUUUGCAAGAAGAAUCUAUUACUAGUGAGCAGAAAUGGGACAUGUUGAAAAGGAUAUGCUACUUGCAGCAUUUGUCUUAUAAAAAUAGAAGAAAUGCAGCUAGAGAGAAGGACGCAUCCUCUGAAGUUUCAGGGAAUGCGGGAAGUGACGGGCACAACGGUAUCCAUAAAUUGCACCAAGAUAUUCUUAAAGAACAAGAACUAGAUGAUCGUGAUAUCGACGAAUUGUUGGAACAGCUGGCACCAAAUUUCACGGAACAAGACGAUUCCCAAAAGGAGUUGAUGAAUUUAAAAUUCAUUGAUCCUUAUUCAUUUGACGAUCCCUUAUCGGUAUACUUUUACGACGAUCUCUGGUUUUCGGUUGCACUCCGCAACACGUUGUUGUUUAGACUGGUGUUUCAUUGUCAACCAGAUAACGCAGUGCAAUCCUGGAGAGACUAUAAAGAGUACAAUAGGUUGGCCGAAGAAUUUUCUGAAAGCCAAGAUCAACUAAUUGAGAUUGAAAUGGGCUCGCGCAGCACCCAAUCAACCACUGAGACACAAAAUUCGAGAGAAGAUGCGGGUGACGGAGAAUUACCAUUGAAAAAAGAUACUAAAGCACAUAUUCACAAAGGCAUCAGAAUUGCAGAUAUACCUCAAAAUGAACUCCAUGAAACAGGUCUUGACCAAGAACCUACCAAAAGGGAUAUGGACAAAGAGAGACGCUCUAAAGCCACCGCUUUAAAAAUGAGGCUCUCAGGAAGUUUACUUUACGGCACAAACCAACGUAUUUUCGACAAGUUUACUGCCAGACGGAUCCUUGAAAGACUUCAUGGACACCUAGUCAUAUUUCCAACCGAGUGGCUUUCCAGGGAGGUGGAGUCAAAAAAUUGGUUUUACAAUGUUGAUAGGCUCGCUCCAAUCGAAAUUUUCGAUUGA